AUGAAUCGGCCCAUACAAGUGAAGCCUGCAGACAGCGAAAGUAGGACAAAAGACCGCAAGUUAUUCAUUGGAAUGUUGAGCAAACAGCAGACAGAAGAUGAUCUGAGAAACCUCUUGAAAGCAUUUGGUUCCAUUGAGGAGUGCACCGUCCUCAGAGAUGUCAACGGAAACAGCAAAGGAUGUGCUUUUGUGAAAUUUGCAAGUCACUCGGAGGCUCAAGCUGUCAUCAACGCACUGCAUGGUAGCCAGACCAUGCCUGGCGCAUCCUCCAGUCUGGUGGUGAAGUUUGCAGACACGGAGAGCGAGCGUCAGAUGCGAAGGAUGCAGCAGAUGGUCGGCCCACUGAGCCUCAUCAACCCUCUCACCAUCACCCCCAUCAUCGGCGCCUACCCCCACAAUCAGUUCCCACCCGCAGCUUUUCAACCGACAUUUGUGGCGACUGCGGGAGGCUACAUGAGCCCUAUCGCUGCCCUGGCGGCCCCCCCUCUGCCUCCCCCUCCCCCAUUCAAUAUCAACUCGGGACCAACCAACAACUCCAACAACAUCGUUGCCAAUACAACAAACGCCCUGGUGGUAGCGAGCAGCAUGCACAACAACAUGAAUGGUGGCAACAGUGGCGGCCUCACGUCCUCAAUGACAAACUCUCUGCACCAGACCACCCACACAGUGAUCCCCCCAAUCAUGACGGCCUACCCUAUCCACCCCUCCCUCAUCACCUCCCCAGCCAUGAUCAACCAGACACUCGUCUCACCAUACACCAAGACGCGAUGUAUGUCACCGAACGGACCAGACGGAUGUAACCUGUUCAUCUACCAUCUACCUCAGGAGUUCGGAGAUUACGAGCUCACCCAAAUGUUCAUGCCCUUUGGAAACGUAGUCAGCGCCAUGGUCUACGUAGAUCGUGCAACCAGUCAGAGCAAGUGUUUCGGCUUCGUGAGCUUCGACAAUCCAGGCAGUGCCAGUGCAGCCAUACAGACCAUGAACGGAUUCCAAAUUGGCAUGAAAAAAUUAAAAGUGCAACUGAAACGAUCUAAAGAAACUAAUCCUGCAUACUAA